AUAUUAUUUGUUAAUAAACUAUUUGAUAUACGACACCUUUCAAUUUACAUUUUUCAGUGAACAGAAUUGAACAGAAUUUGUUGAUUCCCAUUCACCGCAGUACUCUUUCCAACUUGCCCUUGAACGGAUACAUCUUUAAGGACAAGAUUUAUUUUGUAAAUUAAAUUUACCUUGAGAUUAUUAUAAUAUUUAAAAAAUACAGUAAUUUAAAAAACAACAUAAUGAAUACUUCAAUAAAAAUUGCUUUCAUUAAAAAUAUAUUUUUAUUUGAUAUAUUUAUUGGAUUAAUUUUUAAUUGUAAAGUUUCAUUAGCAAUUGAAGAGACAGAAUAUUCUUCAAUUUCUACAGAGAAAUUUGAUGAUACUUGUUUAACGAAAUCGUGCAAUCAAACAGCUUCAGCAAUACUAAAUAACAUGGAUACAACAAUAAACCCCUGUGAUAAUUUUUAUAAAUUUGCUUGUGGAGGAUUUAUAAAUUCUUAUAAUCAAACAAAAACAGAUGAAAUAAUAAGUGCAUCAAAAUUAAUUGAAGAACGUAUUAUAAAUGAUUUAACAUUAAGUAUUGAAAAAAAAUAUUCACCAAAUUCACAAAAAUUAUUUAAUCUAUUAACAAUACUUUACAAUAUAUGCCUAAAUGAAUUUACAAAAGUCAUAACAAAAAGACAAAAAUGUAUUAAUAAAUUACAAUUAAAAUUACCAACAGCAAUGUCAGCAUUGUAUAUACAAAAUUAUGGUAAAAAUAGUGUUAAAAAAAAAGUAUAUAAAAUGGCUAUAAAUAUACGUAAUGAAUUUUUAAAAAAUAUUAAAAAUAAUCAUUGGAUUGAUGAAAAAUCAAAACAUAAAAUAUCAUUAAAAUUUAAAAAUAUAUAUAAUAAUAUUGCAUAUCCAAAUGAAAUUGUUGAUGCUGAUAAAUUAAAUGAUUAUUAUGAAAAAAUAUAUAAUAUUAAUAAACAAUAUAUUGAUGAUAUUUUUGAGACACAAACAUUUAUAACAAAUCCAAAUUAUAUUAAAUUAAUUGAACCAGAAUAUUCAUAUAAUCAAAAUUUCAUAGCAAAUUUAACAAAAGUCAGUGGAUGGUAUUCAUUUUUUCACAAUAGUAUAAAUAUUCCAGUUGGAAUUCUUCAAGGUAUUUAUUAUGAUAAAAAUCGUCCAAAUUAUAUGAAUUAUGGUGGAGCUGGUAAUAUAAUUGGUCAUGAAUUAACUCAUGGUCUUGAUAAUUUAAAAUAUGAAAUUGAAAAAAAUGAAACAAGCUCGAAUUAUUCAAAAAAAGUUGAAUGUUUUAUAAAACAAUAUGAAAAUUAUUCACUAAAUGAUGCUGGAAAUAAAAUUGAUGGAAUUUUAACAAGUCAAGAAAAUAUUGCUGAUAAUGGAGGUAUGAAAGCAGCAUAUUUUGCAUAUAAAAAAUUUAUAAAAGAAAGAAAAAAAAAAAAAAGAGAAUUAAAAUUACCUGGUCUUGAAAAUUAUACAUCAAAACAAAUGUUUUGGAUAAGUGCUGCAAAUUCAAGAUGUUCAAAAUAUCCAUUAUAUUAUUUGGAUUAUAAAAUACAAUCUCAUCAACAUACAUCAUCAGAAUUUCGUAUUCUUGGUACAUUAUCAAAUAUCAUUGAAUUUUCAAAUGAUUUUAAUUGUCCAGUUGGAUCAAUUAUGAAUCCAAAAACAAAAUGUUCAUUAUGGUGA